AUGACUGUUCCCGGAGCCUUCGACUUAUCUUCAUCACUCUCCGUCGCCUCUCCGUUCGCCGCCGUCGUCCCCGUCACGGCCUUCAACAUCAUUCACUAUGUCCCUGUUAGCCACUUCUCCAUUUCCAGCUUAAAUCUCCUCCGUCCGCUUUCCUUCUCCCUUAUCCGCCAUCGUCGUCGCCGUCUCUCCUUCCAUCGGAACGAAACCCCAUUCUUUUCUCAGUCAUCCACCCGUCCACUCACGGCUAAUUCCGCUGCUCAGCAAAGCGGGACUUUCGUCGAACACGUUGCAGGUAUCAAAGGAUCAAGCAACGAAGUUUACAAUUUCGGCGAUGUGGAGACUGCGAGGAACGACUUGAGGAAUGUUACGACUCGUCGUAGAAUCGAAACGGAUGUGGAAGUGAGAGAAAUUGAAGACUUGCCGGAGGAGUGGCGACGGUCGAAGCUCGCGUGGCUGUGUAAAGAAGUCCCGACUCACAAGGCCGUGACGCUCGUGAGGCUUUUGAACGCGCAGAAGAAAUGGGUUCGUCAAGAAGACGCUACUUACAUCGCUGUGCAUUGCAUCCGAAUUCGUGAGAACGAAACAGGAUUCAGGGUGUAUAGAUGGAUGACACAGCAGAAUUGGUACAGGUUUGAUUUUGGAUUAGCUACAAAGUUAGCUGAUUUCUUAGGCAAAGAACGGAAAUUUACCAAAUCCAGGGAAGUGUUCGAUGAUAUUAUGAAUCAAGGGCGUGUUCCAUGUGAGUCUACGUUUCAUAUACUUGUAGUUGCGUAUCUGAGUAGCUCAGAGAAAGGCUGCUUUGAAGAAGCUUGCAGCGUUUACAACAGGAUGAUUCAGCUUGGAGGUUACAAGCCGCGUCUUAGUCUGCAUAACUCUUUGUUCAGAGCUCUGGUUAGCAAACAGGGAGGGCCUUCGAGUGAUGACGUUAAGCAAGCUGAGUUUAUCUUCCACAAUGUUGUGACGACCGGGCUUGAAGUGCAGAAGGAUAUCUACAGUGGAUUAAUCUGGCUGCAUAGUUGCCAAGAGGAGGUUGACAUUGAGAGGAUAAACUCUUUAAGAGAAGAGAUGAAGGAGGCAGGGUUUGAAGAGAGUAAAGAGGUUGUGGUCUCGUUACUUAGAGCUUAUGCGAAGGAAGGAAGCGUGGAAGAAGUUGAGAGGACAUGGCUUGAAUUGGUUGGUUUAGGUUGCGGUGUACCGUCUCAGGCGUUUGUGUACAAGAUGGAAGCUUAUUCGAAAGCCGGCGAUUAUGAGAAAGCUUUGGAGAUAUUUAGGAAGAUGGAGAAGCAUGUAGGUGGUGGUGGUGCAACUGUUUCUGGAUACCACAAAAUCAUUGAGGUCUUAUGUAAAGUUCAGCAAGUGGAGUCUGCGGAAUCGCUCUUGAAAGAGUUUGUAGAAAGCGGGAAGAAGCCGCUUUUACAGUCAUAUAUAGAGAUAGUGAAAAUGUACUUUGAUUUGGGUUUACAUGAGAGAUUGGAGAUGGCUUUUGUUGAGUGCUUGGAGAAAUCUCAGACUCUCUACAACAUAUACUUGGAGUCUCUGGUUAAGAUCGGAAACCUUGAGAAAGCAGGGGAUGUUUUCGACGAGAUGAAAAACAACGUGACGAUCAAUGUGAAUGCGAGAUCCUGCAACACUCUUUUAAAGGGAUAUCUAGAUUCUGAAAACCAUGUCAAGGCAAGGAAGAUAUACGAGCUGAUGAGCUUGAAGAGAUACGAUGUCGAAGCACCGCUUAUGGAGAAGCUUGAUUACAUCCUGAGCUUGGUGAAAAAGGAAGUGAGGAAGAAACCGGUGAGCUUGAAGCUAAGCAAAGAACAGCGUGAGGUAUUGGUUGGUUUGCUGUUAGGUGGCUUGCAUAUCGAAUCAGACAAAGAGAGGAAGAGCCACAAGAUCAGAUUCGAGUUCAGAGAGAAGUCUCAGACUCAUAUGAUUCUAAGAGAACACAUACAUGACCAGUUCCGCGAGUGGCUACCUCCUUUGAGCAAUUCACAAGAAGCUUUAGUACCGUUCGAGUUCUCCUCUGUUUGUCAUUCAUACUUUGGCUUUUAUGCUGAUCAUUUCUGGCCAAAUGCUCGGCCUGAGAUUCCGAAACUGAUUCAUCGGUGGCUCACGCCACAUUCUCUGGCUUAUUGGUAUAUGUACGGCGGCUUUAGAACAUCUUCAGGAGACAUUAUCUUGAGAUUGAAAGGAAGCCUAGAAGGUGUUGAGAAAGUAGUGAAGGCACUGAGAGCAAAAUCUGUGGAAUGUCGUGUUAAGAAGAAAGGAAAAGUUUUCUGGAUCGGACUUCAGGGAACAAACUCGGUUUGUUUCUGGAAAUUAAUAGAGCUUUACGUGUUAGAGUACUUGAAAGAUCAUCUGAAACCUGGCUCUCUAUCAAUGGAAGCUGAUAGUGAAGAAGAAGAACAACAACAAAGCAUCAACUUUGACACAAGCUCAGAUCACAGCGACGAAAGCUUUGAUUAA